GUCUCUUUUCCCCUUCGCAGGUUGCAGUAAUUUUACCUACUCAUCCAUCGAACGGGAUCAGUCUCUUUUACAUGAUAGCAAGCAGAAAUAUAUAGAUAACUACCACAAAGAUCGACAUAUCCAACCAUCAGCCUCACUGAAAUGGAGAGCUUGUUAUCGGAUCCCAAGCUAGGGCCGGAAAUGUUUAAACUCCUUGAGACAAAGCUCAAGCAGACUUCGGCCCAAUUAGAAGAGACCAUUCAGAAAAAUGAAACUUUACAAAGGGAAAUGGAUAAUCUACGUACUAACAAGGUCACUCAAGGUGGUUCCGACGACACCCAUUGCUGCAACAGCAAAAAGGAGCUGACGCAUCUGCGUUCCGAGAAGCAGAGGCUGAACUCCAGGAUCGUAGUGGCCGAAAGCUCGCAUGACGAUCAGACUUCUCAAAUCUCUGAGCUGAAGCAGGCGCUGUCUGCUAAAGUCGCAGAGAUCAAUCACCAGAAGGCCCAGUUGAAGGAUUACCGCCAGGCCUUAGCCUCUUCUCGGCGAGAUGCGAGUCUUGACUGCUCCGGGAGGUUGGCGAGUCUUCCUCAGCCAGAAUCCAUUGUGCCAAGCAGACAUUCUCUCGUUCCCUGUUUACCCAAGCGUUGCAGGGACCCUAGUGCAGCGCUGACAAGCGAGGCCAAAGCUCUCUGCUCUUCCGACGGCAUUCUGUACUUCUGCGAUAGGAUAGCUUGGUACUCUGAUGCCGACCUCCACGGUUUUGCGUUGUCUCCAGCUUCCAUCUACCACGUAGCAAGCAAUGGUGGGCCGGAGAGCUGGACCUCUAACAACGAGAUUACGGACUUAAUUGGGCAAGUAAAGGAGGUCUUCUACCAUGGCGCCGGCCACAAGGUCCACUAUGUGGGUACCUUUAAGUGCGCCAUGAUGGGUGACUUUCCUACUCUUGAUUUUCGCCACCUCCCAAACCUCAUACGGGAGGAGCUCAUCCGAAUGACAUUGGCUACUCCAGAAUCAGCCAACAUCCCUGGCGAAAGACGGAAAAUGCGCAAGCUAUACAACAAUGGGGACACAAAGUGGACUUUUAUGGCGUUGCAAUGCGUCGGCUUUAAUCAGAAGCUGUAUGACGCUUUGCUUGCUGCUCGACCCAAACACCUAAUCGAGGCUGAGACGCAAUUGCCUCUCAAGCGUGCUAGACAGGAAGCUGAUAACGGGCAGACACAUGGAGUGGGAAAAAAGGCGAAGAAGACACCGAAUGUCGUCGACUUCGACGCCAACGUUUCCGAAACGGAGGGAUCUGAGAGCGAGAUCUGAGGUUGCUUUGACUCUCGUUUGCCUUGCAGGCUUUGCUUUGCUAUGUUCGAUUUCUUGCCGUGCUUCUGCUCUGCGUUCCGGUGUAUUGGUACUUUCUUUUUUCCCCCUGCCGUAAUUAUCUCAUCCAUAGUUUUCUAACCUCGAAGCCACUCAUUUACUGGUGCUGUAUGAUGUUCCCUGGCUCCAGAUAAAAGCUAGAUACACGCCUGUAUUAGUUUUGGACUGUGAAAUAGACUGGGAGCGGUGAAUUGCUUCGAUUAGU